GCGCCGUCAUGUUGGUAACAAAACUCCCGCGCUCGCGGUAGUCCAGUCCAGACGUAAUUUGCUUGUGGUGGACAUACGGGUUCGGUUCGGUGCAUUUGGAAGGAUUGUGUUCGGGUCGUGUCUACUGUACGUUCUACGUUCAACCGUGAGCCGCUACUGUGUCGGUUAGUUCGGUUGGCGAGUCAGAACGUUAUUUCCGAGUAGUGCUUGCCAAUUGAUGGUAAACAGCUGUGUGAUUAUAUACAAAUCUAUGUACAAAGACUGGAAUUGUGUUUUCGCGCCGCGUCUCUUCUAUCCCAACACUUGACAGUGAAUAUAUUGACAGUUUUUAGCUUCGAGUAAUUUGUCACGAUGAUUGGAGGAGCUGACCUGGAGGUGACGGGGACCGGUGAGGAGAUGACGGAGCAAAGUAACGGAGGUGACGCUUCCCCCACGGGCAAUGAGCUACUGUUCAUGGACGAUAAAAUGCCCGUCCGCACCCUCCACUCUCUCAACAUGAUGCGCAAGAACCGCACCUUCUGCGACGUCAUACUGCAUGUUGGCAACAGUGAGUUGCACGGCCACCGCGCUGUGCUAGCCUCCGCCAGUCCUCAUCUUCUGGAGCUGUUCUCAGCUGAUGAUGAGACUAAGGGUGUCCGAGAGAACAUUGUCACUUACCACCUCAACGGCGGCUUUGACAAACUAGCUUUGGAGAAACUCAUUGACUACGCAUACACUGCUAGGUUGGAGGUGCGGUCACACCAAGUCAAGUCAGUGUUCCAGACAGCCACUAAGCUGAAGAUGGACAGAGUAGCCAAGGAGUGUGCUCGCCACCUCAUACAACACAUGGCUGCGGAGAGCUGCAUAGAGAUACGCUCACUGCCGGGCAUCGCUCGGAACAAGACCUUCGUGGCUCAGGUGGACAGCUACAUUGCUCAGCAGUUUGAGGAAGUGAGUCAGACAUCAGUGCUGCUAGCGCUACCUUGUGUCCGAGUGGAAGUGUUGAACCAGACCAGACAAGAAAUGAGUCUCGUCACUUGUGAGUCUCUGUGUCACCUCGUCUUGGACUGGGUCAAGCGUUCUCAUGACGAUGAAAACGUCAACACUCUAACAGAGAAGACCCAUCUGCUGUACCUUGCCUUGGACAACACAUUGCAGGACUGCUCUGAGCUCCCCUCUGGUGAUGUGUCUGACACUGAGAUUGUCCAGGACUACAAGAAGAUGUCCAAGAAGACCAACGUCAACCCAGCUACAAAGAAUCGCAGGAAGGGCCAGAUCCAGCCGGCCAAGCCACGAGUGUUGCUCUACAACAGAACUGACACUUUGGAUACUGACAUUGAAAAGGAGUUCACCCUGAUUGCUUCCAAGAAAGUUGCAGAACAUUCGUUUCUGGCUCUGGUAAGUGUUGGCAACAAGUUGGCGACCCUGUCAGUGAUGCUGAGACUGAACCAGCCGUCAUCACCCUCUCCCCUACCUGACACACAGACCCCUGUGGAGAAGCCUGACUUGUACUGUGGUCUGGCCAACAUGGUCAGUGUCAAGUGUGGCGCUGGCUGUGCCAACCUCAACAACAACCUGCUUGUCUGUGGAGGGUACGACCGCGCUGAGUGCCUUCGUAGCGUGGAGUUGUACGACCCUGAGCAUAACACGUGGGGUGUGCUGGCUCCGAUGCGUGAGGCCCGUGGCCGCUUCAACAUAGCUGUCGUAGGAGACAAGGUAUACGCAGUGGGCGGAUGUAACGGCACCACGGAGUUGGCGACAGUGGAGUGCUACGACCCCAAGUUGGGCAAGUGGACUCGCGUCACUUCUCUGUCUCUCGCUCGCUCCAACACAGGUGUGUGUGAGCUGGGAGGCAAGUUGUACUGUAUUGGAGGAUGGAACGGACAAGUAGGCAUCAAACAGUGUGAUGUGUUUGAUCCAGACUCUCAACAAUGGACUACCAUCGCUUCCCUUCUGACUGGCAGAUACCAGGCAGGUGUUUGUGCCAUGAAUGACAAAGUGUGGGCUGUGGGUGGCUGUGACGGAUGGAACUGCCUCACUUCUGUAGAGACCUACGACCCUCAGACAGAUCUGUGGACCUUCGCAUCACCCAUGAUCACUGCCAGGAGGGGUUGCGGUGUAGCCGUCUUCAAAGGCAAGCUGUACGCUGUGGGAGGUUCAGACGGGACUCACUCUCUCACUUCUACAGAGAUGUUUGACCCGGAAACACAGACCUGGAGUCCGGGUCCCAACAUGACGACUCCACGCUCCAAUGUUGGCGUCACUGUCAUCAACGGCCGUCUCUACGCCGUUGGAGGAUUCUCUGGAAAAACCUUCUUGAACAGCAUUGAAUAUCUGGACGAAAAAACUGAUGAGUGGACAACUUUCAGUCCAUCAGGCAACGAAGACACCCCAGCCAAUGGUACAGACAGAAAACCUCAUGUGAACGGACACACAGACCAACCUAUCUCAAGGUUCUCCUUCGACAAAUCAUCAACACAUUCCAAUGGGGAUACUUCCCCUUCCAGCUAAAUUUGAGACUGCAGCCUUUUGUACUUUUCAUAAUUUGGAUCGACCAUUUUACAACAUACAAACCUUUGUAUUUACGGAGCAUUUUAACCAACAAUCAUAUACAGGUCUAAAAAAAACUUUUGAUUAAUAAUUUUUAUGUUGAAAAACCUUUUUUAAAUUUUACUAUUUCAUAUUUACAUACGAGAGAGGAUUUAAGUUUUUCGAACAAAUUAUGGAAUGUACAACAAACACUUUGAUAGUUUUACAUUUACUCAGAUCUUUUGUACAAACGAGUGUAACAAAAAUAACAUGUUUUCAGGAUAAAAUGUUUAUCAUGAGAUCUUCAAAGAUUUAUAGAAGCUAGGGUCGAUGGAGGAUAUUUUUUUCAGAAAAAUUUAUAUAACGUGAAAGUAAUAUAAAAAAAUUCUAAAAUUUUAAAAAAAUUGCUUCUAGAUCAGGCAAUAUUUAAAGACAAUAAUGUCAAAUAUGCUCCUUGGACCUAGCGUCGAAUGUUAACCCUGGAUCACUAGAGCUUGUGGUUCUAAUUGUUUUCUACUGUCUUCGGUUUGAUCACAAUUCAAGUCCACCAGAGGUCUGCAUUUAUAGUUGGCAAGAAAGAGAUGUAUUUUGAUAUUCAUUAAACUAAGUAGUUUAGCGACAUAAAUGUGUAGAUUAUAGUGACCUCUCCUCUAAUUUACUCAGUGUCUACUAAACGUUCAAAGGUUUGAUAAGUUACAAAAUCAAUGUAAACCUAACUUGACCUUUUAAGUCUCUAAAAACCUGGGAUAUGAUAAAACGUAAAGUUUGCCGAGGUAACCUCUGAGAAACUUACUGAUUUUGAAACCUUUCCUUGUAACAAAAUCAUUUUCCUGCUGUUAAGGCUGAGAAAUGGGUCCACUCUUCCCAAGUUGUUUCCUUUUGUAAGUCAAUCAUACAACAAUCCAGUUAACUAUUUAUGCACGUUUAAAAAAAUCAGAUUGAUGAAAACCAAGUUUGAUUUAGCACGAGGAAAUAUUUGCAGUAUUUUUAUACUUGUUUUAUAUUGACGAAAGUACUAAAAUAGCAUUUAGGUGUCAUGACCAGGUCUAAAGUAAUAUUCUAGAAGCAAUUGUUAAUGUUGAUUUGUGUGACUAAAGGUUCUCGACAAGUCUGGCUGUGUUACGUAAAGAUUUUAUUUUAUAACCUUUAUUGAGGUUCUAAAUGAUCAUGUAGAGUGUUUAUUUAUAGUUUAAGGCUGAAUGAUUGUUUCCAGUUGAAAAUGAGGUUUUUAAUUUUAAACAAUAUUAUAAUUGUGAAAAUUUAAUUAUUUUAUAAAGUUUUUAGGAUGUGAUUUGAAAUCCCAGUUAAAGAUAGAGGAAAGAAUAGCUUUUAUACUGUUUUACAUUUUUAUUCUGUUACUGUACCGAUCCUUAUGGUUUAAGAAACCGGUUAUGAAUUAUGUUUACUCUGCUUUGCCUUUUAAAUUAUUAAAAUUGAUUGUAUGAUGCUGAUCUAUGAUUUAGUAGUGUAAUUUCCACAUAAAUAUUGUUAGUAUUAAGAUAUUCAGUAUUGUUGAAUCAUGUGGGUCUGGACAGCUACUACAAAUAAAGGCAAUCUUGUAAAAUA